AUGACGACGACGGUGCAGCAUCUGCCUUUUGAGCUCCCUCUGAGCUCGCAAGCGAGCACAUCGAAGCAAUCCUUCGGCAAGCUAUCGCCGCUGGUCAAGCGCAAGGUUGAGCCUGUCGGACCCGCCUAUAGAGCCCACGCGCGCCGAGUACUACAAGGUUUCUCGUUCGAGCAGGAUGACAAGAUCAAGGCCGAAGAAGAUGAGCGGAACGGUCUCAACAACAUAGACGAAGAAGAUGGCGACGAUGUGCCUGAAGAAGAGGAGUCGAAUGCCUUGCUUGCACUCGAUCCCAAGGAAUGGAAAAAGCAAGAUCACUACGCCGUUCUUGGGCUGUCAUCGCUGCGAUACAAGGCCACACCUGAGCAGAUCAAGAAAGCACAUCGCAAGAAAGUCCUCAAGCAUCAUCCCGACAAAAAGGCAAAACUGGCAGGCCACAAUGCCAACGACGACUCAUUCUUCAAGUGUAUCGCGAAAGCCUACGACACACUGUCCGUGCCGGAGAAACGACGCAUCUUUGACUCUGCAGAUGAAGCGAUUGAUCAGGAUGAUACCCCACCGAGGAACCUGCCAGCAUCUGAGUUCUUCACGGCUUGGGCGCCCGUCUUUGAGCGCGAAGGACGCUUCAGCAAGAAGCAGCCUGUAGCCAGAUUGGGCGACGCAUCUUCCAGCAAGCCUGAAGUCGAGGACUUUUACGACUUUUGGUACAACUUUGACUCCUGGCGUUCGUUCGAGUACUACGACAAGGAGGUCAACGAAGGCACAGAUUCGCGUGACGAGAAACGCCACGCCGAGCGAAAGAACAAGAGCGAGCGUGCAAAGAGAAAGAAGGAAGACGUCGCUCGCGUGAGAAUGCUCGUCGAUGACGCCAUGGCUGCCGAUCCUCGUCUCAAGGCCUUCAAGCAAAAGGAGAAAGCCGCUAGAGACGCAAAGAAGAAGGGUCCCGGCGGUAAGACGGCUGCUCAGAUCGAGCAGGAGGCUGCAGACAAGAAGGCAGCAGAAGAGGCUGAAGCCAAAGCAAAGGCGGACGCCGAGAAACAGGCUGCAGAAGCCAAGGUGGGCGCCGCGGCCAACAAGAAGGCCAAGGAAGCAGCGAGAAAGAACCUCAAGAAGGAUCAAAAGGCAAUCGCCGAGGUUGUCAAAUCGUCGAACUACUUCUUGCCCGCUGGUCAAGCACCAGAACCCGCCAAAGUCGAAGCUCAGCUCAAUGAGCUCGAUGUGAUCACAAAGGCACUUGAGCCAGAGCAAGUCUCAGCUUUCCGUAAGGAGCUCGACGGCAAGAAGGCGGAUUCAGCUGCGGCAAAGUCGAUCGUCAUCAGCUGGGCGGCUACUUCAAAGGCGAGCGGGUUGUCCGAAUUCGCCUCAUAG